AUGUCCUUCCCACAGAACUAUGGCUCCUUCUCUCAGAUGGGCCACCCGCCACCAAAAGAAACCAAAAAAAGCUGUGAGGUGAAAUCGUUCGCCCUUCCAGUUUUUUGCACUUUGCUCGGUAUUGUGAUAACUGCAUUCAUCACGUGGCACAUUGCUCGAGGACACUAUACCACUGGUGAAGAAAAUGAAAACAACUCCCCGAUUACAACUCCACUGCCAGAAGACACCGUUCCAGCUAGUGAUCUACGUCUUCCGGAUUCAGCAAGUCCGAUCAGCUAUGAUUUGGUGAUCAAGACGUAUCUACCUGGCUACGAUUAUGUGGCGGAUAGUAAGAAUAAGACAUUCGAAGGACAGGUCACCAUCAAACUGAACAUCACCAAAAGUGUUAAGAAAAUCACCCUCAACUCGAAAGACUUGAAUUAUUCCGAGGAACUUAUUAAGAAGAGCAGUUUAUUCGUGAAUGGAGAGCAGGUCUCAUUCACACUCGACGAUAAACAAUCCACGUUUGAGAAGAUAUUCUUUAAUCUUGACAGAAGUGUUGGACCGACAACUGACGCUAUUCUUAAGGUGUUCUUUGGUGCUCCUCUCCGCACUGACAUGUCUGGAUUGUAUCAAACUACAUACACAAACAGUCAGGGAGUUGUGAAAAUGGCUGCGGUCACUCAAAUGGAGCCGGUUUAUGCUCGCAGAAUGGUUCCUUGUUACGAUGAACCUGCCUAUAAAGCCACAUGGACAGUUACUGUAAUUCAUCCGAAGGGAACCGUUGCAGUGGCGAAUGGAAUUGAGGACAAGACAGAGGAUAUUCAGACAGAAUUCAUUAGUUCUAGCUUCAAGACAACACCGAGAAUGUCUUCGUAUUUGUUGGCCAUUUUCAUUUCGGAGUUCGAGUACAAUGAGGCUACUACCAAGUCUGGAGUUAGAUUCCGUGUUUGGUCUCGUCCAGAGGAAAAGAAUUCAACAAAAUAUGCAGUGGAGGCUGGUGUGAAAUGUCUCGAAUAUUACGAGGAAUACUAUAACAUUUCCUUCCCUCUCCCUAAACAAGACAUGGUUGCUCUUCCAGACUUUUCGGCUGGAGCUAUGGAGAAUUGGGGGCUUAUCACUUAUCGCGAGAACUCUUUGCUCUACGAUCCAAGAAUCUACCCAGGAUCCCAGAAACGUCGUGUUGCUGUAGUAAUUGCUCACGAGUUGGCACAUCAAUGGUUUGGAAAUCUAGUCACACUGAAAUGGUGGAAUGAUUUAUGGCUGAAUGAAGGUUUUGCCACUUUGGUCGAGUACAUUGGAACUGAUAAGAUUAGUGAUGGAAACUUCAGAAUGAGAGAAUGGUUCACAAUGGAUGCUCUCUGGACAGCUUUAUCUUCUGAUUCCGUUGCUUCUUCUCAUCCAAUGACAUUCAAAAUUGACAAAGCUAUGGAAGUAUUGGACUCAUUCGAUAGUGUCACUUAUGACAAAGGAGGUUCUGUAUUGGCUAUGGUUCGCAAAACUAUUGGAGAGGAGAACUUCAACACCGGAAUCAAUCAUUAUCUUACACGUCAUCAGUUUGAGAAUGCAGAAGCCGCUGAUCUCAUCACAGCACUUGCUGAUAAGCUACCGGAUAAUGUGAUUGGUCCGAAAGGUGUCAAAUUGAACAUCUCCGAGUUUAUGGAUCCAUGGACGAAACAAUUGGGAUACCCGUUGUUGAUGGCUACAAGAACAAACAAGACUCAUAUCUCGGUGACUCAAGAGAGAUUCAAAAUAUUGCAGUCAGGAAAAGAAGAGGAGAAGUACAGCAACCCAAUUUGGGGAUUCAAAUGGGACGUCCCUGUUUGGUAUCAAGUUGCCGGUUCGCCAGACCUUGAAAUGAAAUGGAUGAAACAUAACGAGCGACUCCUAAUCAAAUCCGACAAACCCAUUAUUAUCAAUGCAGAAUCCAACGGAUUCUACCGUGCUGGAUAUACAGAUGAAAUGUGGAAAGAGAUCAUUCAAAUGUUGAAGGACAAUCACGAACAAUUCAUUCCACAGACCCGUGUCCGAUUGAUUGAUGACUCGUUCUCAGAGGCUCGUGCUGGUCUUCUCAACUACAGUGUCCCUCUCCAAUUGAUCACUUACUUGCAAAAAGAAAAAGAAUAUAUGCCAUGGUCUGGAACAAUUGCGAAGAUUCGCGAGUUGUUGGAUAUGUAUGGAACUGAUCCAGAGAAGGAUGUGGUUCACAAGUUUAUGAUUGCACUGGCUGAAAAGACGCCGGCGAAGAGAGAUGUCGAUUUCAUCUCGAAAAACUAUUUGGAUGACACGAAGUUCUUUGAAGUGAGCGCUGGCCAAGGAAUUCUCCUCAAUGACUGUACUCAUGGAGAUCAAGCUUGUGCAGCUAGAAUGGUGAAGAUGUUUAAUGAGGAAGUGAUUGCCAAGUGUGAUUCUACUAGAAUUUUGUCUGAAUGCUCACAAAUCGCUGCUCCAUUCCGAGGUGAAGCUUACUGUCAAGCUGUAAAGAAUGGAGAUGCUGAGACAUUCAACAAAGUUUUCCAUUGGUAUAAGACUGAAAGAAAUCAAGUGGAGAAAGGAAAUCUGAUGAAUGCAAUCACAUGUUCAAGAGAUAUUAUCACACUGAAAAAGUUGUUGUUGGAUGCAAUGAAGCCAGAAGGAUCUUCAUUCCGUCUUCAGGAUUGUGCAUCUUUGUUCACGAAAGUUUGUACAAAUGAUGCCACGUCAGAUGCGAUGUUGAACUUUAUGAUUGAUAGAUGGGAUGAUAUGAUGAUAAGACUAGCCGGUGACCACAGUGGAUUCCACCGUAUCCUCAGCUCUAUCGUCAACACUCUUAAGACUAGAGGAGGACUCGAACAGCUCAGAAAGUUCCGGAAGAAGGUACCAUCAGCAGCAGAACUUGGAAUCGAUAAAAUGGAAGAGACAGCGGAAGUGACCAUCACUUGGAGGGAGACUAACUUGAAAUUCGUAACGAAAUACGUUGAGGAUCUCAUGAAGAGACUUUGA